AUGUCGAUUUAUGUAACUAGACAUGGUUUGAGAGAGGAUUGGGUCAAUAGAGAGUGGAGAAAGACAGCUGCUAGGCCAUCGGAUCCACCAUUGUCUGCCGAUGGUUUCGUGGUGGCAUCAGAGUUGGGUGAGGCUUGUAAAUCUAAAUACAACGAUAUUCAACACAUUAUUUGCUCGCCGAUGGAGAGAUGUGUACAGACUGCCAACGAGAUUGCAAAGCGAUUGAACUUGAAGAUCAAGAUCGAUAAUGGUGUCAUCGAAUACCUCGGUCAUAAUCCAGAUGAACAACUUCAACCAUUAUCAAUUGAGGAGUUAGCUAAAUUAUAUCCAAUUGAUACAACUUAUCAACCAUCUACCACUUAUGUACCAGGUGCAGAAACAGAACAAGAUGUAUUGAAUAGAACAAAGAAAGCAUUUGUAUAUUUUUCGGAAAAGUUUGAAAAUCAAACAUAUAUUAUUGUUACACAUGCAGCCACUCUGAUUGCAAUUUGUAGAAGUAUCAUAAACGACACAACCUACCCAUUCAGAUCAGGUGUAUGCAGUCUCACUAAAUUUGUAGAAUCAAAGACAGCAAUCAACCCAGAUGAUAAAUGGACAGUUGAAUUCACAGGCGAAGUCUCAUACCUAAAGAAAGGUGAACAAUUCCACUGGACAUUCCCAAAGCCAAAUAAUCGUAAUAAUAAUAAUAAUAAUACUGAUAAACCAGUUACUGACUUGUUGUUCUGUUAA